GCGGGAGGUCCUCUGGGCAGCUAAUACACACAGAGAAACAACAAGGCUGUUAACACAGGUGUCAUGCAGUGCUAUCUGUGCAAGCUGCGUACCCACCAGUGGUGUUUCCUCCUCUUCAACGUCCUCCUCUUCCAUGCCCUGUUGUUUGGGGCAGACUUUGUCGAGGAGUACCUCCUGCAGCCCACGCCUGGGGUCUACACUGAUGGCAUGGUUGUUGAAGUGAGAGAGAAAGCAAGGAAAUUAGACCUGAGCAACGCCAGGGAGAACGUGUCCCAGGCCUACCCGAUCACUAACCCUGAUGCCUGCAGAAACUCUGACCUCUUCCUCCUCACUAUCGUCUUCAGCUCCACAGCUAAUGUCACCCAAAGAGAUGCAGUCAGGAGGACAUGGAGCAACCAAACACUCACCCAAGGCUUCCCAGUGCGGAUACUGUUUUUCUUGGGAUCAACCGAGACUGCUGAUGCACAAAAGGCCCUCAUGGUGGAGUCUGACCUUCAUGGGGACAUGGUCCAGGGCCAUGCUGUGACUGACUCGUCCCUCCGUGGUCCAACAGAAAGGACAGUGCUGGCGCUGCGCUGGGUGAUCGCCUUCUGUCCCUUGGCACGCUUUGUUCUGCUGACCAAGGAUUCUGUGUUUGUCAACCUUCCUGCUCUCGGAGGCUACCUACUCGGGCUGCACAGGCACCCUGAAGACCUUUAUUUAGGUAAGGUGAUCCAGAGAGAGUCCCCUAACAGGGACUCCAACAGUCCCGGCUACCUGCCUCCAGCUCUCUACCCUGACAAGUACCUGCCUGAAUACUGUGACGGAACGGCUUACGUUCUAUCCCAGGAUGUGGUCCGAAAAGUGUAUGUAGCCUCUGCAGCGGUCCGCGCACCUGUGCCAGCUGAUGUUUUUGUGGGCCUUUGUGCUCAGAGGGCUGGUGUGGCACCAACCCACAGUGCCAGGUUCACAGGAGAGAAACAUAUCCGCUACAACGCCUGCUGUUACCGCUACCUGUUCAGCUCAGCAGGAAUGGAAAGCCAUGACCUAGAUACAGUGUGGGCAGACCUGGGACAAAAGGGUGGUGGAUGCUCACUGUUACAGACCUACUAUGGCCUGGUGACCUGCAAGGCCCUGACGUACCUGGAUAAACUGUCUUUCUUUAACUCCUAGGGCCAAGCUGAGUCGCACGGUUGAUUGACAGAGCAUGUGUGAUUAAUUCAUGUGUGUGCUUGUGAGUGAAAAUGAGACAGAGACUGACACGAAGUGGGGCUGAAAGAGAAAAUAAGAGUAUGUAAAUAAGUUUGUAAUCCUUGUGCCUGUGUUUGCAUUUUGCCUGUCAUUAUUGUUGAUAGAUAAAUCUCUGUUAAGUUCUUUGUAAGAUCACUCUAGGUCUGAAAAAAAAACAUAUACAGUGAUGUUAUGAGCAAAGGAAACAACCUGGAACAAUGUACUAUAUAUCCACAUUGCCAGACUUAUAUAAAUAAAAGCGCAGUGUAAAUUUAACUUCUGCAGGGGCGAAGCCAGCCAACUGUAACCAUCCAACCAACAGCUCAAACCUAGGGGCACUCAGGGGCAGUGCUCGCCCACACAAGAUUUUGUUUCCCCCAUUUACAGCAGCUAUAUGUACUAUUUUAUUGAACCGUUUGAGAAAACAGAAUGCCUAAAAAACUGCAAACCUACCUAGACCUACAGACCUACAUCAGCUUUUGUAUGUAAUUGUUCUCCAACUGCCUUCAUCAUUCUGAAACCUUAGUACAACAAAUGUUGAGGAUGACUCGUUUUCAACUCCUGCCAUCUAAAAAGAGGCAAAAAUUGUCUAACAUUACUGUUUUUUACGCUGAAGUUCACAGAGUGUUAAGCACAAAAUCUAUUAAUUUAAAUCCACGCAAUAAUAUUCUGGGAUGCUCUAACUGCAAAUCCAGAAUCCCCAACAAUGCCAACAAAAUGCAGUCUUCAAUACUCUGAACUGAAUAU